AUGGACUCGCCGACGCUCAUCGGAUGCGUAGAUGGAGGCGGGGACCGCGCAACGGGCUUGAUUCUGGACUGCCUUUGGCGACUUUUUGGCCACGAAGAGGUCGAGGCUGGGCUUGCAGACCUUGAGGAUGGAACGCCCGCUGCCCUACGACGCUGGGCUUUGGAGCUGGCCCGGGCAGAGGAGCUGCAGUCAAUUUGGCGCCAUGCGGCGGAGCGGAAGGAGCCUCCGAAAAGCAGCCGCGACCUUUGGGCCGUGGCUUCGGCGGUGGUCGCUCACAUGCGCCAGGUCGCAGGCCUGCGAACCCAGAUGAUCGGCCUACACGAUGCCGAACACCGGCGUGCCUGGCGGACGAUGGAGCACGAGGGCCAGAUUCAGAGGCAUACACGCUUGGAGCACUUCUUUGCGGGCCUGAGAGAAAGCCCCCGCAAGACCCCUCCACAAGGCGCUACUGCCAACAAGCGGCUGUCGCAGUCCUCGCAGUCGGGGCAUCGCGACUCCGUGCAGCGGGGCUCUUUGCAGGGAACCUCGGUGCAGCGAACGUCGCUGACUACCACGGCCUCGCCCUUCACAAGCCAAAUGAGCCCCUCCAGCCCCAGCUUCGCCUCCAGCUGGAAAGAUCGGCCAAGCCGCAGCCGUUGUUCCGCGAUGACAGCCGCCGACCACGAAGAGUGGAGCCAGCAGAUGUCCUCAAUGACAGUACCCGAGAUGCCGAUGAUGACUCAAACUGCAACCCUGCGACGACGAUCUUCCGGCAGGAUCGUGCUUCCGCCGGUAGUUCCUGCCUACGAAGCAGAUGAUGAUUCAAGCACGCCAAAGGACUCUUUG